GAGCACUGUCUUCUGGAGCUGGCAGUUCCAAAAGCUCCAGCCCUUCUCUGAGAGGGGGAGCAGGUGAUGGCAGCCAUGCUCCUGACAGCCUGGCCCCAGGUGAGCUGUGGCUCCUUCAGCUCUUCCUCUGAACAGUUUCACAUUGAAGAAAACUGAGAAGGGAAGCUGGGCCUGAGCCAUGGAAUUGGCCCUAGGGCAGCAGGAACCUGUUGUUUCAGAAGUCGGUGACCUUCGAGGACGUGGCUGUGUACUUCACCCAGACGGAAUGGGAUGGCCUGUCCCCUGCACAGAGGGCCCUGUACAGGGAUGUGAUGCUGGAGAAUUAUGGGAAUGUGGCCUCCUUGGGAUUUUCUCUUCUCAAACCUGCUGUGAUCUCACAACUAGAGGGAGCAGGUGAGCUGGGGGGCCCAUCUCCACUGGUGGAUGGAACAGAAACAGGCCCCCAGGGCCUCUGGACUGUAGAUAUUGAUGUCCAGACUGACAAUAAUUUGAUAAAGGAAAUGUAUGAAGAAAAACAUAAUACAUCAUUUGAACUUCAGAGGGACUUUUCCCAGGACACAGACUUUUCAGAAGCCUGUAUUCUAGAGAAACAGCAGGAAGUCCAUUUAGUAGGAAGCAUAAAGAAAGAAAACUGCAGCGUCAUUGACGGAAUAGUGAUAGACGGCAGCAACCCUGGGGAGGAGUAUUUCUUUAGUCAGAGUCCAAACUUGGAUCAGUGUCACACCGUCAGCACUGGAGAGCAGCCCCCUGAACGUAUAGGAUUGGAGAGAGCCUUCAGCUUUGACACAAAACUUAUUCAGCAUGAAAUAAUUCAUUCGGGGGAAAGAUCUUUUAAAUGUGAAGAAUUAGUGGAAACCUUCAGGUGUAACCCUCAGCAUCAAGAUGGCUACACUGGGGAGAAGCCCUAUCAGUGUAAGCAGUGUGGCAAAGCCUUUAGCAUUAAUGCAAAAUUAAUUUGGCAUCAGAGACUUCACAGUGGGGAGAAACCCUUCAAAUGUGUGGAGUGUGGGAAAAGCUUCAGUUCCAGUUCCCAUUAUAUCACCCAUCAGAGCAUCCACAGCGGGGAGAAGCCCUAUCAGUGUAAGGUAUGUGGCAAAGCCUUCAGCGUCAACGGGAGUCUAAGUCGGCAUCAGAGAAUCCAUACGGGAGAGAAGCCCUAUCAGUGCAAGGAGUGUGGAAGUGGCUUCAGCUGCAGUUCUGCAUAUAUCACACACCAGAGAGUCCACACUGGAGAGAAGCCUUACGAGUGCAGUGACUGUGGGAAAGCUUUCAGUGUUAAUGCAAAAUUGAUUCAACAUCAGAGAAUCCACACUGGAGAGAAACCUUAUGAGUGUAAUGAGUGUGGGAAAGGCUUCAGGUGCAGCUCCCAGCUGCGGCAGCAUCAGAGCAUUCACACCGGGGAGAAGCCCUAUCAGUGUAAGGAGUGCAGGAAAGCCUUCAGUAAUAAUGCAAAACUCAUCCAGCAUCAAAGGAUCCACACAGGUGAGAAACCCUAUGAGUGUACCGAAUGUGGAAAAGCCUUUAGUGUCAAAGGGAAGUUAAUCCAGCACCAGAGAAUCCACACGGGGGAGAAACCCUAUGGGUGUAACGAAUGUGGGAAAGCCUUCAGGUGUAACUCCCAGCUGCGGCAGCAUCUGAGAAUCCACACCGGGGAGAAGCCCUAUGAAUGUAAUGAGUGUGGAAAGGCCUUCAACGUUAAUGCAAAACUAAUGCAGCAUCAGAGGAUUCACACUGGAGAGAAACCCUUUGAAUGUAAUGAGUGUGGGAAAUGCUUUACUUCUAAAAGAAACCUACUUGAUCAUCACCGAAUCCAUACUGGAGAAAAGCCUUAUCAGUGUAAGGAAUGUGGGAAAGCCUUCAGUAUCAAUGCCAAACUAACUAGGCAUCAGAGAAUCCACACUGGGGAGAAACCUUUCAAAUGUAUGGAAUGUGAAAAAGCAUUUAGCUGUAGUUCUGACUAUAUUGUACAUCAGAGGAUCCAUACUGGAGAGAAACCCUUUCAAUGUAAGGAGUGUGGAAAAGCCUUCCAUGUUAAUGCCCAUUUAAUUCGGCAUCAGAGAAGCCACACUGGGGAGAAACCCUUUAGAUGUGUGGAGUGUGGCAAAGGGUUCAGCUAUAGUUCUGACUGUAUUAUACAUCAGACUGUCCAUACUUGGAAGAAACCCUAUGUGUGUAAUGUGUGUGGGAAAGCCUUCAGGUUUAGCUUCCAACUUAGUCAGCAUCAAAGUGUCCAUAGUGAAGGAAAAUCGUAAUGAGAAGGAUGUAGAAAACUCUCAAAGUUAAUGAAAUGGAUCAGGUAUCAUCAGAUUCGCCGUGGUAGAAAACCUUGAGGGAAAUCAAUACGGCAUCUUCCCAUGGAAACACAUCUUUUCCAUCUUACUUUUAAAAUCAGGAAUGAUGACUGGUUAAAAAGUAACAACCAAAAAUAAAUAGCUUGUCUUAUACCAACAACCAAUUAGAAAAUAUGAUGAAAGAAAAGAUCCCAUUCCCAACAGCAUCAAGAAAAGUGGCUCUCCUAGGAAUAAACUUAAGUAUUACACAGGGUCUAUAUGGAGAAAGAAAUCUCCAUUGAGGGCCAAAAAAGGUAAAAUAAAUGGGGAGAGAGAGAAACCUUGUUCUUGGAUAGGAAGAUUCAUGUAGAUAUUCACUCUGCCUAAAUUUACUUCCCUUUCAUUUUUGACACCAAGCAUGCAUCACUUUUGUAAAGAGGAUAAACAAUAAAGAUUUCCGUAGAAAGAAAAGAUGAGUAAAUUUUUUAAUUUCAUGGGAGAAAAAAUAUAUAUAAUAUAUAUAAAAUAUAUAUAUAAAUAUAUU